ACUUGAAUAUCAUUUGGUAGAAAUUGCUCAUCUAUCAAAAACACACACAAUGUCGAUGGACAAAGCUGGGUAUGGCCAUGACGGAAUAUUCCGAUCACUCCGACAACCAGUAGUCAUCCCAGCAAAACAACACACAUCAAUGAUCUCCUUCCUCUUCCGUAACGUUUCAUCGUACCCAAACAAACCGGCCUUAAUCGAUUCCGACUCCGGAGAAACCCUCACUUUCUCUGAAUUCAAAACCACCGUAGCCAAGCUUUCUCAAGCCUUGAACACCCAACUGGGUAUCUCCAAGAACGACGUCGUCCUCUUCUUCGCCCCCAACUCAAUCCAAUACUCCGUCUCUCUUUUCUCUGUCAUCGCUCUCGGUGCCAUAGCCACCACCGUCAACCCUCAGUACACUGUCGGUGAGCUAUCCAAACAACUCCAAGACUCUAAACCCAAACUCAUCAUCACCAUUCCAGCAUUGUACCAAAAAGUUGAAAGCUUUGGCCUGCCGGUUGUGUUUUUACGAUCAGAAAGUCCAAGAAAAGGAUGUUUUUCAUAUAACGAUUUGAUUUCAACAUCUUCCUCAGUCUCAGAACUCCCUAAUGUGUCCAUCGGAGGAGAUGAUACUGCGGCCUUACUGUACUCUUCUGGGACAACCGGUGUUAGUAAGGGUGUCGUUUUAAGCCAUAUGAAUUUCAUCUCUAAUUCACAGAUGAUUACUUCAGAUCAAAGAUUAAUGGGGGAGAAAGACUACAGGUUCAUAUGUGUCUUGCCCAUGUUUCAUAUAGCUGGACUUGCGACUAUACUAUAUUCUCAGUUACAGGAAGGGAAUACCAUCAUAUCAAUGGGGAAGUUUGAUUUUGAAGGGUUACUAAAGAACAUUGAGAAAUAUAGAGCGACACAUUUAUGGGUUGUUCCCCCGGUUAUACUUGCUUUGGCUAAACAGGAUGCAGUAAAGAAGUUCGAUCUAUCUUCUUUAAAGCAAAUUGCUUCAGGUGCUGCACCUUUGGGGAAAGAAUUAAUGGAGGAGUGUGCCAAAAAGUUCCCUCAUGUUACAGUUAUUCAGGGAUAUGGCAUGACUGAAACAACUGGGCUUAUAACAAUGGAGAGUCCAAUCAUAGGUCCACGUAACUCUGGUUCAACCGGGAUUCUAAUACCAGGUAUUGAGGUGAAAAUAGUUAGUGUAGAUACCGAUAAGCCUCUUCCUAUUAACCAGAUGGGUGAAAUAUGGGUUCGAGGAGCUAGCAUGAUGCAAGGUUAUCUCAAUAAUGCACAAGCUACAGAUCUUAUGGUAGAUAAAGAGGGUUUUGUGCAUACUGGGGAUCUUGGGUAUUUUGAUGAUCAUGGUCAAUUAUUUGUGGUUGACCGAAUAAAGGAACUCAUUAAGUGCAAGGGUUUUCAGGUUGCACCGGCAGAACUUGAAGCACUUUUGCUUUCACACUCUGAAAUAUUGGAUGCUGCAGUAAUUCCGUUUCCCAAUAUGGAAGCUGGCGAGGUCCCGAUUGCAUUUGUGGUUCGGUCUCCAAACAGUUCGUUGACCGAAGAAGAUGUUAAGAAAUUUAUUGCUGAACAGGUUGCACCUUAUAAAAGAUUGAAGCGAGUGACAUUUGUAAGCAGUGUGCCAAAAUCGGCUGCAGGGAAACUUCUGAGGCGGGAACUUAUUGAAAAAGUUCGAUCUGAAACAUAAGAUUUUAUGAAAUCAAAAAACUUAGAAUUUUCUGGAUACAAUAAAUGUUGUGAACUGUUUUGGAUUUGUUUUGUUAACUAUCCGUGUAAAAAUUGUUAAAGUUUGGUAAAGUCAAUAAGGAGAGUCAUGUAUGUUCCUUUAUUUAAUAAGUGAACGAACAAGAACAAUGGUGUCGUUCGUUCUUUUAAGUGUUUUUGUUUGUAUGUAUUUUUAUUUUCGUAACUCUUUGUUUCCAGUAAUAUGUUCCUUUAUUAAAGUAAUAUUUUCCUUUAUUUAAUAA